UGAUGGUAUUUGACGUCAUACCGUAGUCUAUGCAUGGCCGUAAGAAUUCGUAUUUGAAAGCUAUCGAUUAUAUUUUAAUUAUCUAACGAAGAGCGUCUUAAGUUAAACUUAAAGCUUUAUUCUGUAAACUGUAAUGUUGUGUAAUCUACAAAACUGCCAUUUAAGAGUAAAUGUUUUAUGCGACAUUCUAUGCAUGGCUACGAAAUGACCUUGUCAUAAUGUCAAAUACAAGUUUGUUCGUUUUAAUUUUUGUUGUAUGCAAUAUUAUUAUUAAUAUUGUGACUAAUAGUAAUAGUAACAUUGGAAACCAAGUUUCAGCAUCUGUUUUGAAUGUUCAGGACAAGAGCGAUAGACGAAAUUUUCUUUCGAAUCAGUUUUCAAUCUUCUAUGGUCAGUUAAGUCGACCAACUGUUCUGAAGCAUGUCAAACACGUACGGGAUUUUCAUUCGAAUGUAAAUGAGAGAGAGAAUGCAAAGAAUUAUAUUCAGGAGUACCCACGAGUGAAGUUACGUAAUGUAUAUGAAAUCGAAAGGAGAAACCUCAAGCCUGGACAAAGUAAUAUUGUUUUUCAAACUAGUGAAGAUGAUGCAGUAAGAAGCAAAAAUGAAGAAAAUAGUGAAAAAAUUGGAAUAUUUGAUGAUGAAGAAUUGCAAAAUGUUUCAAAGUUGAAUCUUGGGGCUGGUAGAGGAAUGAUCUUUCCAAGCAUGAAUGAAUUGAACACUACAAACUUGACUUUCUCUAAAGGGUAUUUAUAUGGAGAGCCUCUGAAGAAACGUGAUGAGUCAGUAUUUGGAGAUUUGUACUUUGUUGCUAUUGUUGCUGGAUGUGGAGCUGCUGCUAUCUUUGGAGUUAUUGCUAUGGGAUAUUGUUUCUACACAUAUCAGAAUCAAACUAAAGCAGCAGCUUCAGUAGGAUAUCCUGCUUAUGGAGUGACUCAGCCACAUAGUAAGGAGGAAGCAUUUCCGAGUGGGGACAGAAAACUUGCUCAGAGUGCUCAAAUGUAUCAUUAUCAGCAUCAGAAGCAGCAGAUGAUUGCAGUAGAAAAGUCAACUUCUAACAGACGGACCUCAGUUUCUGAUAUUGAAUCAGAAGAAGAAAAUGAAGAAGGAGACUACACUGUGUAUGAAUGCCCUGGUUUGGCUUCUACAGGAGAAAUGGAAGUCCAAAAUCCUCUAUUCAGUGAAGAACCAACCCACAGAAUGAAAAAUAACAUCAGGCAGCAGUUUUGAAAAUGUUCUAUGUAACCAGUGCACUAGUAGAACCCAACUGUUAGGUUAGCACUUUUAAAUGUGUGAUCUUUUGUGUCAUAUACAUACAUAUAGAUAUAUAUAUAUAUAUAUAUAUAUAGGGAGAGACAAAUAUGUAUAUAACAUGAAAUUGUAGAGGAUUAGGUAUCUCUAGUUACAUAUAUGUGUGAAGGUCUUAAUAAAUUAUUUAUUUUAAUAUCAAUUUUCUGAGUUACAUAAAUAUAUAUAAACUCUAGCAAUACCAAAGAAUCAUUGCAUCAGAAAAAAAAAUUAAAGUUUUGUUUAUUUAUGGAGUCAAAUAACUUCUACCAUUUUAAUGCUGGAUUUGGUGGAUAACUUUGUGAUUUAUUUUGGAACUUUCAAGCAAUUUAACUUAAUUUGGAAUAAAAAACCUAAUAUUGUGAGUAUGCACUGUAAGAGUUGGCCAUGUUAUGUGUGUGAAGUUAUAGCAGCAGAUUAAAUAAUGAUAUUGUCUAAUAGGUACAUGUGUAGCAUGCUAAACUAGUUUGUAGAGCUAAAUACAAAUUAUUGAUAAUUAUUGGCACAGGUAGAUAAGGUUCUCUAAAAGUUAUUGCAGGUUUGAUAUAUUUCUAGUGAUGGUGAUGCUCAUCUCACAGGUUUUAUAUUUAAUUGUAGAAGACAUUCUACAAUAUAAAAAAUAUCUGCUGUGUAUCCUAUCCAUAUAAAUUACUUUUUCAAUAAUACAGUUUUGUCACUGAGGUAUAAUAGAUAAACAUCUUGUUAAAUGAACUCAGGGAAAGAACAGUCAGUAACUAUGACAGUUAAAUAUGUUUUAUAUAGCAAUACCAAUAUAGUGGAAUGUUGUUCAAGAUUGAUUUAAUGCACAAUGUUUACUGAAAAAUACAGUGUAUUUGGUUUCUGUUUAAAAGAGUUGUCGGAACUGUUCAAGUACCCAAAGCAGUAUGUUGCUCAAACAGACAGGAACAGUUUUUGAUUUCUUUUCAUUGAAGUAAUAAAAGGUUAAGUUUGGUGCAUGUGUUUUUCAGGUGAUUAAACUAAUUAUAGUGAACAUGAUUUUCACUCAGAAAAAUGGAAAGCCUUUUUUUUUUUUGUCAGAUACCUUUAAAAACUUUGGGAUGAUAUACAUAAUUAUACCUCCAUUACAAAUGAUCUUAAAGAACUUGCAUAAUCUAUCCAGACUUUAAGAUUAAACAGUUUUAAAUGACGAUUACAUGAUAUCUUAAAUAUUCCUUUUUAAAUUGAUAUAGCAAUUUACUGUGAUCUUACAAUUUACACAUAUACCACAUAAUUAAAAAAACAUAAACUUUUCAUCUUGUACAACUAGAUUUUUUGAAAGAGUAUUAUGUUCUCCUAUUUUGUUGAUUAUGGACCUUGACCCUCAAGAAGUCAAGCCCCUAUCAAUAAACACCAUCUGGAAAUAUCAUACCUUACUGUUAAAUUUACCCAAUCAAAGUUCAAUGUACCCUUGUGCUGUAUUAUUAUAUAUAUUUGUAGUUUCAAUUCAUUCAGUGUAGUUGACAUACCUGAUGAUGCCAGGUUAACCUGGUGAAACUUUCUACUUUCAUUAAACUUUACUGUUUAUCCGAUUUAUCAAGUUUACCUACAACUCGAUUUGUUUGUGUGUUGACCAUAACUGAUAAAGGAGUAUGUUUCUUGACAAAACUAUGAAGGUUUUUAAAGUGUCUUUUUUUCAAAUUAAGAAUAUUUAUCACAGAAAGUGAAGAGUUAACAUUUUCAGUGAUAAUUUAGGAAAGAUAAAUGCAAUUACAAAUUUUUAGGUGGGUGGUUCUCAAUCCGUGGUCUGCAAGCUCCCUUCAGAUGGUUCAUGGAAAGGUUACAUAAGCACGAAAGUAACUGGCAACGUAGUGUGUAGAUCUCUUUCUGGUCCUCUGAUAUAAAACAAAAAACUCAAAUGGUCCAUAACAAAAUGUUUGAGAACCACUGGUUUAGAUUAUGUACUUUUGAUCAUAAUAUACAUGACCCCAGUGGCACAGCAGUAUGUCUGUGGACUUGUACUGCUAGAAACUGGGUUUUGAUAGGUGGGCAGAGUACAGAUAGCCCUUGGUGUAGCUUUGUGCUUAAUAACAAAGAACAACAUGAUAUACACAUCCAUAAUGUUUGUUAUUUUGUGUGAAAGUUUCAAUGUCCUUUUUAGGUAACUUGUAAUUUUUUAUUUUUCAUUAUGUAAUGUAUGUACUAAGAGGUCAGCUAUAUUUUUAUGUGAAAUUAAC